AUGAGCGAUUUCAGUAUAGAUUAUAUUCUGCAUCGUGCUGGCGAUAGAUAUGUAGGCACGAAUGCUUCAAUCGGCAUCGUCCAACGCAUGAAAUUGGAGGAGCAACAUCGGCGCCAACAGCAGGCAUUAAAGGCGUAUCAUUCAACUGUGGCCGCCGAAAUGGUGAAUAUUGCCAAUAUUGGCGUUAUGGAUGCCACCAUGAGUGGAUUUAGUCACGAGCCGUUACCGCAAAUACCCAUGUUCGAUUGGUUACACUACACACGUUAUCAUCCGCCGCGUUUGCCGCGUAAUCUACGCCAACCACCUGUUAAGCGCACACCCGGUCGUCUGCCGCGUAUACCAUUCACACCCAGUCAACUGGAGGCCUUGGAAAAUGCCUAUCGUACGUCCAACUAUUUAAGCGCGGAGGAGGCCAACCAGCUAGCCGAAACUCUAGAGUUGACAAAUACACGUGUGAAAAUUUGGUUUCAAAACCGGCGUGCACGCGAACGACGCGAGAAGCGUGAAAGAGAUGAAAGUUACGAGUCCACCAUUUCCUCAAAUGCUUCCAGUCCGGAACCACACAGCGAUUUUAUGGUCUAGUCUAGAUAUUUCGUCUUAAUGUUAUCCUCUAGUGCUACUUCAAGUGAAUGAU